AAUUAAUUAUUCAGAGAAAGAGAGAAACAGAGAAAAAUAUGGAGAGAAGCUUGAAGAAGAUGAAGAACAAUUACAACAACUCGAUAAAGAGCAAUCUUAUGAAAGAUGAUGAAAUGUUUCAUGUGAUUCACAAAGUUCCUUGUGGAGAUACUCCUUAUGUCAGAGCCAAACAUGCUCAGUUGAUAGAGAAGAACCCGGAGAUGGCAAUAGUGUGGUUUUGGAAAGCCAUCAACACUGGAGACAGAGUAGACAGUGCUCUCAAGGACAUGGCUGUUGUAAUGAAACAACUUGACCGUUCUGAAGAAGCUAUUGAAGCUAUCAAAUCAUUCCGUCCUCGUUGUUCCAAGAACUCCCAAGAUUCCCUUGACAAUGUCCUCAUCGACUUAUACAAGAAAUGCGGGAGAAUGGAGGAGCAAGUUGAGUUGUUGAAGAGGAAGCUAAGGCAGAUCUAUCAAGGGGAGGCUUUCAAUGGUAAACCCACCAAGACCGCUCGCUCUCACGGCAAAAAGUUUCAAGUGACCGUUCAACAAGAAAUCUCAAGAUUACUGGGUAACUUGGGGUGGGCAUAUAUGCAACAAGCCAAGUACUUGUCGGCAGAAGCGGUAUACAGAAAAGCCCAGAUGGUUGAGCCAGAUGCAAACAAAUCGUGCAACUUAGCGAUGUGCCUUAUCAAACAAGGCAGGUUUGAGGAGGGGAGAUUGAUUCUUGACGAUGUUCUCGAGUCUAGGGUUUUGGGUGCGGAUGAUUGUAGAACAAGGCAACGGGCCGAAGAGCUUCUGAGUGAAUUAGAGUCUUCGCUACCACGGAUGCGAGAUGCUGAGAUGGAGGAUGUCUUGGGGAAUAUUUUAGACGAUGAUUUUGUUCUUGGGCUUGAACAGAUGACAUCCACUAGUUUUAAAUCGAAGAGACUCCCAAUCUUCGAACAGAUCUCGUCUUUUAGAAAUACAUUAGUUUGCUAGUUUAUUCAUUUUGUGUUUUCUUAUGUAUCAUAUACCUUUGCUGCUUUAUAGUUUUGAUGAGUUGGUAAAUAUGUGUUAUGUUUCUCUAUAGUGACUUUGUAUAUACAACAAUAAUAAUGGGAAUAAAGUCAUUUAAGUUUC